AUGAGGCUAAAGUCUGGCAACCUGCCCUGGCACACUCUUGCACGUGACAGCUUGCUGUCACUCACUGACCUGACGUUCGACCCGCGAUCCCUGCGACCCCACUCAGAGAUUCUGCUUCCCCCAUUCAUCAGGUGCCUAAGAUUGGAGUCAACUUUCUAUGUGUCUGUGGACGGACUGCUGACAAGAUAUCCAUCAAUCGAAGAGGUGCACCUCCAUUCUUUGCGCUCUCCGGAAGAAUUCGCUCCGAUCAGCAUGCCAUUGAAGGUCCUUGGCGUCGCACUCACUUUUAGGAGACGCGGCCAAUUCCCUUCGCCUGACGCCAAUGAGUGCGACAGGCUGGUCUCCAAGAUGGUAACAAGGCUGCUCAAAAAUGCAACACUAGCCACCACGAUCCACUUGAUGCUCGGCACAGACGCCAACUACCAAAUAAGAAGAAUCGAUAAGGUGACCUUGAUGCUAUUGUGCUCUCACAAGGGCGAACUCAGAGCAUUGUACUCGCGUCUGGCCAACCCAGCAUAA